AUGCCCAGCGUCACCAGGCUACAGAUUACACCACUUGCCGAAACGUUUGCCUGUGAAGUCGAAGGCAUCGACUUCUCCAAGCCGAUUGACGAUGGCCUUUUUGAGGAAUUUAGAGAUGCUGUCCACAAGUACGGCGUCGUCAUCCUUCGCAAAACGGCGCUAGACGAUGAUUCCGCUAUUGCCCUUGGCCGGCGAUUCGGGGAGCUCGACAGCGUCAGGGCUCACCGACUCGCGGGAAGGGCAAUGAGGAUUCCAAACGACGAGAUUUUCGACGUAGGUAACCUGGACGACAAGGACCAGGUCGUCACGGUGGAAGAUCCCCACCGCACUUCGUCUGCCAAUGGCAAUGCGCUAUGGCAUGCAGAUGGCGCUUUCAACCCCCGCCGCACAGGUGUUUCCAUUCUUCGGGGUGUUGAACUGCCCCCAAAAGGUACCGGGGGCCAUACGGAGUACCUGGACACCCGAACAGCAUACAGCGACCUCCCCGAGGAAAAGAAAAAGGAGAUCGAGGGUCUUGUGGGCUGCAACUCGCUGUUCCACAACCGAAAGACGGCGAACCCAGACUCGCCCCUUUUCCUGCACAUCAACCCAAUGGAACACCCUCUGGCGAAGCACAAGAUUGCUCAAUUGCAUGAGCCCUCGGGCCGGAUGAACCUCUACAUCACAUCGUACACUCACCAUAUCGACGGCAUGGACCUCGAAAAGGGGCAAAAGUUGAUCAACGAGAUCUUUGAUCAUGUCAAGCAAGACAAGUACAAGUUUGUACAUCAUUGGCAGGACAACAAUGACGUGGCGAUUUGGGACAACUGUGCCGUGCUGCAUAGGGCAACGCACGGGGAAUACGAGGGGAAGUAUCGGCGGGACAUGAGACGAGUCUCGGUCUUCGAUACCGGAUCUACCGCUUACGGGGAGAACGAUGUGUCCACAUACUGGCAACAGGGUCUCCCAUAG